GAGAGAGAGAGAGAGAGAGAGAGAGAGAGAAUUAAUCAAAAUGUUACCUAUACCUCAGUUUCUCUCUCACAACCACGAAGGAAGGAGGGGAGAGAGAGCGAGAGAGAGAGGAAGAGGGAGAGAAGAGGAAAGAGAACACAGCGGUCACCAUGGCAAGAACAGUGGUGACAGUGGUGAUGGUGGUGGUGAUGGUGGUGAUGGUGGUGGUGCGUGGUGAUCCUGUGGAGAGAAGAAACUGCCAGUCCAACGAAACAGAAGCGGAGUACUGGAACAGGGAAAUGAAGAAGGAAAUAAAAUAUGCAAAGGAGAGGACAAGUGAACACUGGCCUGGCAAAAAACAUUAUUGUCUUCAUUGGCGAUGGUGUGAGGAUGCCCGUGUCCGUCGCAGCAAGGGUGUACAAGAGGCAGAUGACUGGGGCAUGUUGCAAGGAGGCCUACCUAGAGUGGGAGAAAUUUCCUUAUCUAGGCCUACUCAAGUCGUGCUGCCAAGGCAACUACCUGAGGGACACCGCCGCCACCGCCACAGCAAUGAUGACCGGGGUGAAGGCGAAGCCGCGGCACCCUGGGGCUUGGGGGGGGUGGUCAAGGGGGACUGCAGCGCCUCCGUCAGGGCAGAAAACAAGCUAUCUUCUAUCAUGGACUGGGCGACGCAGGCUGGCAUGGCUACUGGAUUCAUCACCACGAGGGUCUAUCACUGUGCCCUUCCCUGCUUCCCUAUAUGCCAAGUCCACCCAUCAAGACUGGCACUGCAGGACGCCCACAGUGCCAAAGGGGAUGCCACAGUACAAGGAUAUUGGACGCCAGCUGGUUGAGGAUAAUCCAGGAAAAAUGAUAAAGGUAAUAAUGGGAGGAGGAAGAAGAAUACUCGGAGCAGAAGAAGAAAGAGGAAGAAGACAGUGGAUACAGAAGGGAGGAUGGGAGGAAUCUGGUGGAGGAGUGGAGGAGAGGGAAGGUGGAGGAGGGAAGAACACCAGCUUACGUUACCUCCACUGUGGAAUUAAUGAGGAUUGACACUUACAACACAAGAUUACCUGCUGGGUCUCUUUACCCCAGAGGACCUCCCCUUCAGCAUGGAGAGGAACAGAGGGCUACAUGGCACCCCCGAGCCUCUCCCGUAUGAACCUUGAAGGCACUGACACUGCUGGAGAGAGAAGAGAAUGGGUAUUUCCUUAUGGUAGAAAACGGACUCAUUAACAAGGCAUUUCAAGACAACAGGCCCCGAGACGCGCUACAAGAAGUGAUUGAGUUGGAAGACGCUGUACUGUUGGCGAUGAGCAGGGUCAACCAAACAGAGACCCUUGUACAGAUGGCCAGUGACCUCUUCCACCAAGUGACCCCCGAUAGUGACCUUUCAAGCGACCAGGACAUGUUUGGAACAAAGAGAGAUGAUUUGACGACCACGGGAGACACACACAAGGGCGCGGCAAGCAGUGGAGCGGGUGUGGUAAAUGUGGAGGCGGCUGUGGAAGGUGUGGGCGCCAGAUGUGGAUGGGAGUGUGCCAAGCUUCCACUUCGGAAAGGACGCGGCCAUAUUUGCUACAGGUCCUAUGAGUCACCUGGCCACUGGUGUACAUGAAAACACGUACAUGGCACACAUCAUGGCCGCCGCUGCCUGCUUGGGGCCAUACGCACACGACUGCACACGCACACACGCACACACCACCUGGAAGCACACACGCAAAUCACACCGCACACACGCACACACCUACAGACACCUCCACACACGCACACACACCUGGAAACACGACACACGCACACACACUUCAGAUUUACACGCACAUCCAGGCUAAGGAUCGCACGCACACCGCACGCAGGUCAGCUUAAUCGCACGCACACGCCGGAAUACCACCAAAACCGCACGCAAACCAGAAUUAUAGACAAAUACACGCCCGUACAAACACACGCACAAAUGAACCACACGCACUCACAAACACACGGACAAAUGAACCACACGCACUCACAAACACACGCACAAAUGAAUCACACGCACUCACAAACACACGCACAAAUUAACCACACACACACGCACGCAAAUGAGAACCACACGCACUCACAGACACACGCACAAAUGAACCACACGCACGCACAAACACACGCACAAAUGAACCACACGCACACACACGCAAAUGAGAACCACACGCAGGCACAAACACACGCACAAAUGAACCACACGCACUCACAAACACACGCACAAAUGAACCACACACACACGCACGCAAAUGAGAACCACACGCACGCACAAACACACGCACAAAUUAACCACACGCAAGCACAAACACACGCACAAAUUAACCUCACGCACUCACAAACACACGCACAAAUGAAUCACACACUCACACACGCAAAUGAGAACCACACGCACUCACAAACACACGCACAAAUGAACCACACACACACGCACGCAAAUGAGAACCACACGCAGCUACACACGCACGCAAAUGAGAACCACACGCAGGUACAGACGCACGCAAAUGAGAACCACACGCACGCACAGACGCACGCAAAUGAGAACCACACGCAGGUACACACGCACGCAAAUGAGAACCACACGCAGGCACAGACGCACGCAAAUGAGAACCACACGCAGGCACACACGCACGCAAAUGAGAACCACACGCACACACACACGCACGCAAAUGAGAACCACACGCAGACACAAACACACGCACAAAUGAACCACACACACACGCACGCAAACGAGAACCACACGCAUUCACAAACACACGCACAAAUGAACCACACACACGCAAAUAUGAACCACACGCAAACACACGCACACACGAGCCACACACACACGCACACACAAAACCAAGGGUCAAGUAGUGAAGAAGGAGAAGGGACAGAAGAAGAGGACACGGAAGAGGAGGAGGAGGAAAAGGAGGAAGAAGAUGUGGAGGAGUUAGAGGCACAUGGAACAGAAGAAAAGAAGAUAGAAAACGAGAAGAAGGAAGAGGAAGAGAGAACGAGGGUACAGAUAGAAAACGAGAAGAAGGAAGAGGAAGAGAGAACGAGGGUACAAAUAGAAAACGAGAAGAAGGAAGAGGAAGAGAGAACGAGGAUACAAAUAGAAAACGAGAAGAAGGAAGAGGAAGAGAGAACGAGGAUACAAAUAGAAAACGAGAAGAAGGAAGAGGAGGAGAGGAAGAGGAUGGAAAAAACAAGACUUAUAAAAGAAUUAAACAGAAUGAAAAAGGCCUCCUCCUCCUCCUCUUCCUCCUCUCCUUCCUCCUCCUCCUCCUCCUCCUCCUCUUCUUCCUCUUUCCUCUUCACUAAUCUUUGUGUUCAAUACUAAUAAUAACAACACUAAUAUAAUAAUAAUAAUAAUAAUAAUAAUAAUAAUAAUAAUAAUAAUAAUAAUAAUAAUAUAGAAAUAAGAAUAAAAAGAAGGAGAACAAGAACAUGAACAAGAAGAAGAAUAGAUAGAUAGAAACAAUAACAACUACUACUAGUACUACUACUACUACUACUACUACUACUACUAAUAAUAAUAAUAAUAAUAAUAAUAAUAAUAAUAAUAAUAACAAUAAUAACAAUAAUAAAUAAACCAUUGCAAGAA